CGACAGUCACUUACGGAGGUGUUCUCAUAAACUUCUAAGCUGUCAUCCCACCUUCACUCCUUAGAAGCCACCUAAAGGGAAGAAUACUUCGACACCAUGGAGGAAGCCCUCAACAGCACCAUCGAUCCAGCUUGUUUACAAGAGCCCCCGCUAGCUAUCGACGUGAUAAAACAGCUGGAUGUGUUUGGCUUGUGCCUGUACUCCAUGCUCACCUUCAUGUCCUGCAUCUCCCUGCUGCUAUACCUGGAGCAGUGUGUCUAUAUUUAUAAAAAACUGCCCUACCCCAAGAAGACAACCAUCAUUUGGAUAAAUGGUGCAGCACCAGUCAUUGCUGUUAUGUCUUGUUUUGGGAUGUGGAUCCCGAGGGCAGUCAUGUUCACAGACAUGACGUCUAACAGUUAUUUUGCAGUCGUGGUGUAUAAAGUCUUGGUUCUGCUGGUUGAGGAGUUUGGGGGCAGCACUGCUUUUCUGAACCGGUUUUCCGGUAAACCAUUUAGGAUCAGAACAGGACCCUGCUGCUGCUGCUGCGUCUGUCUUCCUCUUGUGCCCAUGUCACGGCGACUGUUAUUCAUCCUGAAGCUGGGUGCUCUACAGUAUGCAAUCCUUAAGACGGUGCUCUCUGUCCUCUCCAUAAUAUUGUGGACAAAUGGCAACUUUGACCUCUCUGAUUUAGAGAUCACUGGUACAGCCAUUUGGAUCGGCCCAUUCCUUGGCGUUCUCACUCUCACCUCCCUCUGGCCUGUUGCCAUCAUCUUCAUGAACACUAACGGCUUUCUACGCACCCUCAAAAUUGUCCCAAAGUAUGCCAUGUACCAGCUAGUACUUGUACUGAGUCAGCUGCAGACAUCAAUCAUUAACAUCCUGGCUUUAGAUGGGACCAUCGCCUGCUCCCCUCCCUUCUCUUCUCAAGCUCGUGCCUCCAUGCUAAAUCAGCAAAUGAUGAUCAUGGAGAUGUUCAUCAUCACUUUGGUCACUCGGAAUUUGUACCGUCGUACAUAUGACCCACUUCCCCCUGAGGAACAUGACAACGACCAGAAUGCUAAAGCCGCCCUGCAGGCUUGUCUCGUGGAGCAUGACGUCUGAAAAAGGAGACAGUGACGAAAGAGUGGGCGUCAGCACUGCUCUUAAAUGAUGUAUCGCACCAUCAAAGUUUAGAGAUCAUCAAAUAGUCAUAAGUCUGAUAUUAAGUUUUUAUUUUUACCUAAUUUUUGUCACUUAAAUUUAAGAAGAGAGAAAACAGCACUCCUCUUCUGACUUUCAGCCCUAUUUUCUUUGUAUUUUUAUGUCUGUGCAGAAAAUAUGAAGCUACUGCCAGUUUAGACCUGUCGCCAGAAGAAAAUGUUGGUAAUGUUCGUUUCAGAAAAACCACAAAUAAGUUGUAUUUGCAUGUUUCAUACGUAUCACAUCAACAUUUUCAAAGUGAUGUAAUAUAUGAGCUGACUUUGCCAAUGAAAGAUGCAGAGGAUGAUGGAUGCUGUGUCACAUGGGCCAGAUAUCUGCCAAGCUGCAGACCACUGCAGACCCCUCGAGACCAACAAACAACAAAAAGUAGUUGUGAUGCAAUGUCAAUGCAUGCAGAAACAUGCAAUGCCAACAUUUUUUCUGACAAUUGGGUUGGGUUCAGCAGUUAGCAUGGUACAACAAUUAGAAAUGGAGAAUCGGCUAGCCUGUCUCUGUCCAAAAAAAUCAUCCCAACAGCAUCUCUAAAGCCUACUAGUGGUUUUCAGGAAGUUAUGCGCAGGACUUUUUCUUGACUGUGCGCAGUGACUUCCUGGAGUCAUUACAUCCCAUACAGUAUUUAGGCCACUGUACAGAUAUAAAAGUGGUAUCAAUCAUCUCAUCUAAAUCUCUGUAAGAGAGCAAAUAUGUGUAUUUAUCACAAUGACAAAGUAUUCUUUUAAGCUUCACUAGUUUCAGAGCAUUACUGGAGACACUGGGGAUUUUCAGACUGUAACUAGGAUCUGCAGGUGGGGAGCAGAGCCUUCCUACAAAAUCCAGAAUAUACAGAGAAGUGUAACAGCAUGCUGUGCAGUGUUUGUAUACAUGUCAUACUGGAACUAAACAGAGAGGAAGAAAGGUUUAAAAAUUGGAAAAGUGGUCCUUUGGUUGGGAGUGUGCAGGUUUAUGAAUUUUAGUUUGCAUCAGAGUGUUAUUUUUACAUUUGCCUGGAGAACGGUAAAUAAAAACACCUAUUUAUUUGUGUUAUAGUGUGUGUGUGUGUGUGUGUGUGUG